AUGAGAAUUAAUGUUCAGGAUGACACCUUCAAAGAUGUUAACAAUCUGUCCUUGGUUGUGAAUAAUAAUACCCUUGAAGAUAAUAGCUCUUCAGGUAAAUCUAGUUCAAAUUCAAGAACCUUUGCACAAAUGGUUGAGCGAGAUGACAUUAUUGCUGUAGUUAAAGCAUACAUUCAGGAAGAAAAGGGAUGUGCCCUUGAGCUAAUGGUAGGGCCUGAUGACACCAUUGGAGAUGUUAAGGCUGUCAUUAAAAAAUAUGAGGAGAUUCGAUUUCAUAAAUAUAAAUUAACAUUAUAUGGAACUGAUCCUGAUGAUUCUGAGUAUCUCGAUGACCUCAGGAUCCAAAAUGAGAGCGUAACAGUGGACCAAGAUGGCACAAUUGGAGAUGUUAAGGCUACCAUUUACGAAAAGGUGGGAAUUCGAUUUCGUAAACAGAGGUUAAUAUUUAGAGGAAAAGAGUGUGGUGAUUCAGAGCUUCUUUCCGACCUCGGCAUGGAACUUGACAGUGAACUAAUUCUUCGGUUGAUUUGA